AUGGCCGAAUCUGUUCUAGGUGUACUUGGCCUCGUUGGUACUGCAAUCGACGUCCUCAAACUUGGCUACAUAGCCAGCGACCGCAAAGGCAACAUCACCAUGCUCCGAGGCCAGCUACACCUCGAGAGUGUCCUUCUUCGGAGAUGGGCAGAAUGCGUCUUAAUCGGCCCGCCAGGCGAGGUGCCUGUCAUUUCAACGGAAGAUUGCGCCAUCGCCCGCGAGCGUCUAACCACAAUGCUUGCUCUGUUUAGGCAUUCUGGGCGUCUGAUUGAAAAACAUAGCAAAGACAUGCAACCACUAUUUCUACCAACACAGGCAGCGGAGCCUUCUUUGCCCGGAAGGCACACCACUCUCUCUAACUAUAUAUUGAAGACUGGUGUAAAGUCCAGUCCUUUCAAAUGGGCCGUCCAUAAUGCAGAGGUCCUUCGACAACUUAUAGGAGAUAUUCAAACUAUCAGGGAGGGACUAGAACGAUUGCUGCCUUCGGAUAAACAGCUUCUGAGCCUUCAGAUUCUUACGGAUAUCAUGCCAUCCACAUCCGUAGAAUCUAUACCCAGUAUUGAUACUGCGGCCAGAAUUGCAUCCGAGAACAACACAGUAGACGCAGUUGCUUUGGAAACCCUCCGUGCAACGCUCUCUAUUCGCACCCUGUCCCCAGAUACGGUUCCUACUAUUGAAGAGACCAACGCCAGGAUGCGGAAACUUUACAUCGCGGAUUAUUCUGUGAGCACAGAAGAUGGGGUACUGCCCCGGAAGAUGGAUCGCUGCAGUGUUCUCAUGAGCAGUACCCAAUUUUCUUCCAGCCCUCGGCCAGUUAUUAUUGAAUGGCGACAAUUCAAUCCAGAGUUGUAUACCGAUGUCAGGCUUUUCGAGGCUGAUGUUGUUAAGCUUUGCUGGCUUUUGAGCUCCUUGAAGAACCAUCCAGAUGUCCAUCUUCCAUUCUGCCUGGGCUACUUUAAAGACAGCAACUUUAGCUCAACAUGGUUCGGAAUAGUUCUUGAGUAUUCGCCAACAAUUCAAAUAUCUACAAUCGAAACUCAGUCUAGACUGGAGUCGCUGUAUGAUGCCUUCAAUAAUGACUCAUAUCGCUUACCAGCGACUGAGAUACGGUUGAGAUUUGCUCAGAAUAUUGCAGCUUCCGUAUUUCAACUCCUUUCAGCAGGAUGGCUUCACAAAUCUUUACGCAGCGAUAAUAUUGUACUCGCAAAUGGCCUCCGGGUCAUCAAUUCAGCUAACUCUUGUGAGGAGUCUGGGACCGUUGACUUCGUCAUUGCAGGGUUCGAGUUUGCUCGCUUGGACAAGCCUGGGCAGGUCUCGGCUGGCGAUAACAGACCUAGCAAGCAAGAUCUCUAUAGGCAUCCAAAUGCCACCGGUAAGAAGAGAGCACGUCGCGAGUAUCAACAAAAAGGUUAUCUCAAGAGCUAUGACUUAUACAGUUUGGGGGUAAUGCUAUCUGAGUUGGGGUUCUGGCGAAGGAUUGACGAGUUGCAGUCAAGCCAAGCUGCCAGAGAGGAAUGGCAGGAUGCACCUUUUCCGCAGUAUCUGCAUCACAGAGUCGGCUGCGACAUGCCAGGCAUGAUGGGCAGUCGGUUCACGCGAGUGGUACUAUGGUGUCUUGCUACUGGCCAGGGCGGCAUGGGGCUUUCUACCGACCAGGAGCUUUUGGCGCAGUUCGAGGAGCAUGUUUUGAUUCCUUUGUCUCAAUGUCGACGAGCCGCAGCGUUUUUGUCAUAG